AUGACCAAGUCGAAAUCCAACGACAUACACCCGGUUUCUACCUUCAUCGAAGAUCUAUCCAUCAAUCUAACCAGCGCACCAAGCCCCAACGCACCACCCAACACCAUCACAGCAAGACGCCUCGUCAUCGUAGGCGAUGUCCACGGCUCCCGAAAGACACUUGAAAAACUGCUCCAAACCGUACAAUUUGACAAGGAUAAAGGCGAUCUGCUCAUAUUCGUAGGCGAUCUAGUCAACAAGGGCCCCGACAGCGGGGGUGUCAUCGACCUCGCACUCCGCCUCACCGCCAGAAGCGUAAGAGGGAACCAUGACGAUGCUGUGCUCCGGGCAGCAGAGCGUCUCAAGCAGCCUGGUGAUUCUGCCACAGAACAAACUGAGAAGAAGAGCAGGAGUACUAUCACGGCGGAAGGCUUAUCGCCCGAGCAGAUAGGCUAUCUCGCUGGCCUGCCGAUGAUACUGCGUAUUAGGUUGACGGCUCCGGUUCUGGAUGUGUGUACCAUUGUGGUUGUGCAUGCGGGUAUUGUGCCGGGUGUGCCGUUGGAGGAACAGGAUGCGCAUGCGGUGAUGCAUAUGCGUAGUUUGGGAAGGGGAGAGGAUGUGAAGUUGGUGCCGAUGGAGGAGGCGGGUGAGCGUGGGUGGGUGGAGGAUUGGGAUGAGUGGCAGGGGAGGGAGGAGGGGACGAUGGUUGUUUUUGGGCAUGAUGCGAGGAGGAGGUUGCAGAGGGGGAGGUUUGCUUUGGGGUUGGAGAGUGGUUGUGUUUAUGGGGGGAUGUUGAGUGCUUGGGUUGUUGGGGAGGGGGGGAUGGAUGUUGUGCAGGUUGAGUGUGUGGAUGAGGUGGUUGAGAGUGAGUGA